GCUCCGUCCCUCAGCGGCCGCCUCAGCCGCCGCUUUCCCGCCCUCCGGCCGCGGCCCCGGCCCGAGACCCCCGGGACCCCCUCAGCCCCCGGGACCCUCCCGGGACCCCCCGGCCCCACCAUGGGCUUCCUGAAGCUCAUCGAGAUCGAGAACUUCAAGUCGUACAAGGGCCGCCAGAUCAUCGGGCCCUUCCGCCGCUUCACCGCCAUCAUCGGCCCCAAUGGCUCCGGCAAAUCCAACCUGAUGGACGCCAUCAGCUUCGUGCUGGGGGAGAAGACGAGCAACCUGCGGGUGAAGACGCUGCGGGACCUGAUCCACGGCGCCCCCGUGGGGAAGCCCGCGGCCAGCCGCGCCUUCGUCAGCAUGGUGUACUCCGAGGAGGGCGCCGAGGACCGCACCUUCGCCCGCGUCAUCGUCGGCAGCUCCUCCGAGUACAAGAUCAACAACCGCGUGGUGCAGCUGAGCGAGUACAGCGAGGAGCUGGAGAAGUUGGGCAUCCUCAUCAAGGCUAGGAACUUCCUCGUCUUCCAGGGAGCAGUGGAGUCCAUCGCCAUGAAGAACCCCAAGGAGCGCACGGCCCUGUUUGAGGAGAUCAGCCGCUCGGGGGAGCUCGCCCCCGAGUACGACAAGCGCAAGAAGGAGAUGGUCAAGGCCGAGGAGGACACGCAGUUCAACUACCACCGCAAGAAGAACAUCGCUGCCGAGCGCAAGGAGGCCAAGCAGGAGAAGGAGGAGGCUGACCGGUACCAGCGGCUCAAGGACGAGGUGGUUCGGGCCCAGGUGCAGCUGCAGCUCUUCAAACUGUUCCACAACGAGGCCGAGAUCGAGAAGCUCAACAAGGAGCUGGGGCUGAAGAACCGCGAGAUCGACAAGGACAAGAAGAGGAUGGACAGGGUGGAGGACGAGCUCAAGGACCGCAAGAAGGAGCUGGGCAAGAUGAUGAGGGAGCAGCAGCAGAUCGAGAAGGAGAUCAAGGAGAAGGACGCGGAGCUGAACCAGAAGCGGCCGCAGUACAUCAAGGCCAAGGAGAACACGUCGCACAAGAUCAAGAAGCUGGAGGCGGCGCGCAAGUCGCUGCAGAACGCCCAGAAGCAGUACAAGAAACGCAAGGCGGACAUGGACGAGCUGGAGAAGGAGAUGCUGUCCGUGGAGAAAUCCCGGCAGGAGUUCGAGGAGCGCAUGGAGGAGGAGAGCCAGAGCCAGGGCAGAGACCUGACCCUGGAGGAGAACCAGGUGAAGAAGUACCACCGGCUGAAGGAGGAGGCCAGCAAGCGCGCGGCCACGCUGGCCCAGGAGCUGGAGAAGUUCAACCGCGACCAAAAGGCCGACCAGGACCGGCUGGACCUGGAGGAGAGGAAGAAGGUGGAGACCGAGGUGAGCUGGGGUCCCCCCCGUGUCCCCAGACCACAAUCCCUGGAGGAGCAGAAGCGCCUGGAGGGCGAGCUGACCGAGGAGGUGGAGCUGGCCAAGCGGCGCAUCGACGAGAUCAACAAGGAGCUGAACCAGGUGAUGGAGCAGCUCGGGGACGCUCGCAUCGACCGCCAGGAGAGCAGCCGGCAGCAGCGCAAGGCCGAGAUCAUGGACAGCAUCAAACGCCUGUACCCCGGCUCCGUGUAUGGCCGCCUCAUUGACCUGUGCCAGCCCACGCAGAAGAAGUACCAGAUCGCCGUGACCAAGGUGCUCGGCAAGAACAUGGACGCCAUCAUCGUGGACUCGGAGAAGACGGGCAGGGAUUGCAUCCAGUACAUCAAGGAGCAGCGCGGCGAGCCCGAGACCUUCCUGCCCCUCGACUACCUCGAGGUGAAGCCCACGGACGAGAAGCUGCGGGAGCUGCGGGGGGCCAAGCUGGUGAUCGACGUGAUCCGCUACGAGCCGCCGCACAUCAAGAAGGCGCUGCAGUUCGCCUGCGGCAACGCGCUGGUGUGCGACAACGUCGAGGACGCGCGCAGGAUCGCCUUCGGCGGCCACCAGCGCCACAAGACGGUGGCCCUGGACGGGACGCUGUUCCAGAAGUCGGGCGUGAUCUCGGGCGGCGCCAGCGACCUGAAGGCCAAAGCGCGGCGCUGGGACGAGAAGGCCGUGGACAAGCUCAAGGAGAAGAAGGAGCGGCUGACCGAGGAGCUCAAGGAGCAGAUGAAGGCCAAGCGCAAGGAGGCCGAGCUGCGCCCCCUCCCCACCCCCGAGAAGUCCAAGCUGGAGAGCGAGCUGGCCAACUUCGGGCCGCGCAUCAACGACAUCAAGCGCGUGAUCCAGGGCCGCGAGCGCGAGAUGAGGGAGCUCAAGGAGAAGAUGAACCAGGAGAAGUCCAAGCUGGAGAGCGAGCUGGCCAACUUCGGGCCGCGCAUCAACGACAUCAAGCGCGUGAUCCAGGGCCGCGAGCGCGAGAUGAGGGAGCUCAAGGAGAAGAUGAACCAGGUGGAGGACGAGGUUUUCGAGGAAUUCUGCCGGGAAAUCGGGGUCAGGAACAUCCGCGAGUUCGAGGAGGAGAAGGUGAAGAGGCAGAACGAGAUCGCCAAGAAAAGGCUGGAGUUCGAGAACCAGAAGACGCGCCUGGGGAUCCAGCUGGACUUCGAGCGCAACCAGCUGCGGGAGGACCAGGAGAAGGUGCUGAUGUGGGAGCAGGGCGUGCGCAAGGACGAGGCCGAGAUCGAGAAGCUCAAGAAGGAGGAGCAGCGGCACCUGAAGAUCAUGGAUAAUUUUGAUUUACUUUGG